AUGGUGGAGCCUGUUAUUUCGAAUGAGAUAAACUCUGCUCUUACUAGGACCAUCUCUAGAAAGGAAGUUAAAGCGGCGGCCUUCCAAAUAGGUCCUCUGAAAGCCCCAGGGGGAAAGAAAGGAGUCGUGGCCGUCAAGCUAGACCUUAACAAGGCAUAUGACAGAAUCCGUUGGGACUUCCUCAUAAAGGUAUGCAACACUAUACCUAGCAGAGGACUCCGUCAGGGCAACCCUCUGUCUCCGUACUUUUUCCUUAUUGUUUCAAAUGUAUUCUCUACCCUGAUAAACAAGGCAGUACUUAAGAAGUCUUUGGUGGGGAUCUGUCUACGGAAGAAGUGCCCAAUUAUCUCCCACUUGUUGUUCGCAGAUGACUCGCUGGUUUUUCUAGAAGCGAAGGCAGAGGUGUGUUCAAACUUUAAGGAUUUGGUGAUGAGUUUCAGUGAAGCCUCUGGUCUUUCCAUUAAUUUUCAGAAGUUCAGUUUGUUCUUCUCAGCCAAUACCAAAGAGGAUUUGAGGAAUGAGAUAAAGGAUAUUUUUGGAAUAGAAGUUAUGAAAGAAGGGUCUAAAUACUUGGGCUUGCCUAUGUUUUGGGGGAGAUCCAAGAAGGAAGCAAUGGCAUAUAUCAAAGACAAGAUCUUGGGUAAGAUUCAUGGAUGGAAAAGUAGAACCCUCCCACAAGCAAGCAAAGAGGUGUUAAUCAAUGGGGAUGGAGGAGGUAAAAUCCAUUGGGGGUCCUGUGAAAAAUUAACAGAGGCAAAAAGGAAUGGUGGAAUGGGCUUUCGUGACUUGGAGGCCUUUAAUUGUGCUCUAUUGGCUAAGCAAUUCUGGAGAAUGAUGCAAACCCCAAUGCUUACUGGGUACAAGUGCUUAAAGAGUGAUAACUGGAUUCCAAGUUGGUCCAGGGAAAAACCAAUCUCUUAUCCACCGCCAAACUGCCAAUGGACAAAGGUAUAUGAUUUUAUCAAUCCCACUACCAAUGUAUGGGAUGUGGAAAAGCUGCAGAGUUCGGUUUCAGCAGAGGAAGUCAGUGCAAUCAUUAAAAUCCCUGUCAGUAUUACGAAAUCUUCUGAUCAAGUCAUUUGGAGCCAGACCAGGAAUGGAAAAUAUACAGUUAAGUCGGGUUAUGCUCAAGCUUUUAAACCAAAGUCAAGAGGCAAAUCUCAACGCCCCUUCUCCUCUCGUAGCCUUCCUAACAAAUUCUGGACAAAGCUGUGGGCGACACCCACUAUUCCGAAGGUCCGCAAUUUCAUUUGGAGAGUUAUUCGUAACUGGGUGGCUUGCAAAGAUAAUCUAUGUAAGAGGAAAUGUGCUCACUCCCCAUUAUGCCCCAUAUGUGAGCUUGAGCAGGAGUCUGUGGAACAUGUGCUUUUUAGGUGUGCUUGGACUGAGGUGUGCUGGGCAAUUUGGAAGGCCAGGAAUGACUGUAUUUUCAACGGUGUAAUGCCUCAACCCGAGAGGACCAUUGACCAAGCCAAAAGGGCGAACUUUGAUUACCUGCAAGCUUCAUUUGAAGAUGUCAAAGAGAGAGCUACAAAUCCCAACAGAAUAGUUAAGUGGUCUCCUCCUCCCCCCUCUUUUAUUAAGUUCAAUUGUGAUGGCGCUUUUUCGUCCUCCCGUAGCCUAGCUAUCUUCGGUUGUUUAGCCAGGGAUUGUGGUGGACGAAUGCAAUUUUUUAGAUCGGGCAGAAUUGUUGCAUCAUCUGCUUUGGUUACAGAAGCUUGGGCACUCAGGAUUGCAUGUGGGAUGGCAGUUGAUAUGGGGAUUUCCAAGGCUAUCUUUGAAUCAAACUGA